AUAACGCGUGACGUAACAACGAUCAUGAUUGUACGACGCGUCUGUUUCCAAAUCGUGUAGUCACUGUGGGAAGACAAUCCUGCCUCUGUAAGACAGGCGAUAUUUAAGAUUAUAUUUGACUGCCGAGUGGGGAAAACAUCGUCACAUAUUCACAAUGUCUAUCAUGUCAUAUAAUGGUGGUGCCGUCAUGGCAAUGAGGGGGAAGGACUGUGUGGCAAUAGCAGCAGACCGAAGAUACGGUAUUCAGGCUCAGAUGGUUACCACAGAUUUCCAAAAGGUCUUCCCAAUGGGAGAUAGACUGUAUAUUGGGCUGGCAGGACUGGCCACUGAUGUUCAGACAGUAGCCCAGAGACUAAAAUUCAGACUGAACCUUUAUGAGCUGAAGGAGGGUCGCCAGAUCAAGCCUAAGACGUUUAUGAGCAUGGUUUCUAACCUGUUAUAUGAAAGGAGGUUUGGGCCAUACUACAUCGAGCCUGUCAUUGCUGGGUUGGACCCCAAAACCUUUGAACCCUUCAUCUGCUCCUUGGAUUUGAUUGGCUGCCCCAUGGUGACAGAGGACUUUGUUGUGAGUGGCACCUGUGCAGAGCAGAUGUACGGCAUGUGUGAAUCUUUGUGGGAGCCAAACAUGGAACCAGAUGAUCUGUUUGAAACCAUCUCCCAGGCAAUGCUUAACGCUGUAGACAGGGAUGCUGUUUCCGGCAUGGGUGUUGUUGUCCACGUUAUUGAGAAAGACAAGGUUACAACAAGAACCCUCAAGGCCAGGAUGGAUUAGGGCCCUUUCCCCCCACAAUGAACCAACAAAGAUGUUUUGUAUAAAAGUAAUCAACAAUGUUUAUUCCUCUCUUUCUUAUUGUUCAAUAAAUUAGCUUAGGUUUAAACAUCGG